GAGGAGCUAAUCCUUCUAACAAUGAUUUUCCUCUUUCACCACUUGGUCUUGCUGGCCACAGACUUAUUUCUCGCAGUGAUCCUUUCUUGCCUCCUUUAUGCCUUUGCAUUCAUUUCCAUUGCAUUUUUGACCUGCUUCAUUAUCUUCUGGUCCUUCAGCAUCGUGGAGAAGAACAUUGACAUAAAAGGGAGAGCAAUUGUAAUUCUCGUAUCCAACAGCUCAAUUGGAAGGACGUUUGCUAGGAACUUGGAUAAAGCAGGUUUUAGGGUGUCUGCUGCACGCUGGCCUCCUCGAGAGGAGGGAACAACUGCGAAAGAAGAGUGCUCCUCAAGAAUGGAUGUAGCACAGCUUCACAUGACAGAUGAUGAGUACCAGAAGACAGUGAAAACCUUCAUAGAAAGCCACUUAUCCCUGAAAGGCACGUAUGGGCUGAUGAAGAAGCCAUCACUCCUGAUAUGGGAAGAAGAGGAACCAGACACAUGCAGGCUACCAGAGAGAAGAACCCCUCAUAAAUGGAAGAUGAUUUUCAGUGUUCCGGCCCUCUGCAUCACAGCCCUCUUUUGCCCACUGAACUGUGCCCUGACUUUCCUGAAGAAGAGAGUUCUGCAGCCCUAUGCACUCCUGAAGUCCAAAAACUGAGAGGGAAGGAAUCCCAUGGAGCAACACGUUAAUAUUCUAACGUCACAAAAAGAAGAUGCUACAGGAAGGAGCACAGCUGGGAUCAAAAAUGAGGGAGAACAUGAGUAGUGACUUCAGUCACAGGACAACGAAAAACUGCAGAUGAAGACAGAAAGCAACUUCUGAACUGUGAGACAGGUCUCUAACUCACUUUCAAGCCUAAUGCGUAAGCAAGAGGACAUUGAUAUUUGGGGUUAUUGUUACAAUGCUGCAUACUGGUCACUGUAGCAUAUGUACACCUACUACUCACACACACACACACACACAC